AUGGCUUGCUUGGACUCGUACAAGAGCCCAGAUCAGAAGGGACACUACCCGCCGAUGAGCCCAAGAUUGUCCUUUUCCAAUGACUUCGUCGAAUCCCAUCACUCCACCAACACCAACACCAACACCCAUAUCAGUCAACAUCAAAACAUCCCUCCAAAUAUUUCGGCCUCCGACGACUUCGAAUUCUCUGCACUCACCAAUCCCAGUAAUCACACAAUGACCGCCGCCGACGAGCUCUUCUUCAAGGGGAAAUUGUUGCCCACUCUCAGAGAUGAGCUUCUCCUUCACGACGACGACGACGACGCUAUUGUAGUGCCGUCGUUCGUGCCCCCGAAAGGCCUACCAAAAUGGAAAGAGUUUCUCAGCCUCAAGAGAUCGGUUGUUGAUGGGCGCUGCACGGGCACGGGCACCCACAACGACAACAAUCAAGGCAAAAUGCCCAAGUUGGCCCUCCAUGAUAAGUCAUCGCAUGUUGACAUGACUUCGUAG